AAGACCCAAAAUUGGGUCUAAAUGUGGAAUUGUUCAUCCUCAAACAAACCCUCAAACACAGCCAACAAGAAAACCCUUUUACCAUGGCGGCGACUGGGAUGAAUGCUUGCGAUUGUCUGGAACGACAUAGAGCAGUUAUGGAGCAAGUUGUUUUUCAAAUCGGUCGAUUGUUUGUCCAAAAUAGGACGGUGCUUGCGAAAGGAUACAACUCAACCACUACACCUACAAUGUGUAAUACUACCAAUACAAGCGCAUGGACCGUGCGCAUCACCUAUACACGCGAAAGGAGCCGAACUCAACACAUACUCCACAAAUCUUCGCUUGUGUGAUGCAAAUACAUAUGCAGAUUUUUGCAGUUUGUCAUUCACACGCAUGCUAUCUUUUCGGGAAGAUGGAUUUAUGACCCAAACGCGCAAUUGCAUGGUUUAAUACUGUAAAGAUAAUAGAAUCUUACCCGAAAGUAAUGGAAACUUGCCCGCCGGAUUUUGGGUGUAGUGCUUUUAAAUGAUCCAUUCCAACAGAUUGACACAUUGCAUUGAAAUGUUGAGCAAGUAGUGCGAAAUCAACUGCAAAUCACUUUCCAUCAACGUGAGGAUUUUUUACCGUGUAGAUUUGGAUUGUCGCUGGCAUCAGUGCGAGGGUCUGCCCCAAAGGGAAAAAGAGCGUGUCCGGAUAAGAAUAAGAAGAGUGGCAGAUUUGACAAACGCAAAACAGAUUCAAGAUAAUCUGCAUAAGGUGUAUGCAUGUGUGUACAAUAAUAUUUUUGGUGGCAAACGCUUUGAGAGGCUGAAAGCACUAGUUUCUAUAUUCAAAACAUUGUUUUAAUUAAUUUCGUUUUUAUCAACCUCUUUUUUGGGAAGUGAAUCAGUAUUUACGCAAUGUCGAUCUUGCCAAUCGUAAAACCAAAACUUUCGCUUUACGUAUACCUUUACCUUAUCUGGUACCAUCUUGGGUUUUCACGGCAUUUGCAGUUUGAGAAGACCAAAAUUUGACAAGACAAGACCAUAAUUCGGUCUAUCCCUGAGAAUGAUCAUAGGAAGGGCAAUCCCUCGUGUGGUACCCAGGCUGAGACUCUAGACGCGGACUGUACUUUAGUCAACUGACCUCGACGACGUACGUAAGUGGACUGACUCCUCUCUUCACACCAAGAGCACAGUGAACCACACUGUAUACAUAUAUAUGUGUGUAAGGUGAAGAUCUCGCGUUUAUUUGUAUAAGCUAUACUACCACAUCCCCUUUUCCCUCUUCGAUAAAAUUAUACUUAUCUGUGCGGGCUGAACAUUGCCUUGGGCUUCGGUGGUCUACCAGACCGUCUGAGAAUAGCAGCUGGUCGCAACAAGUUACCUGUAUCCUGGUUCGAGUCCGGAAUUUUACUCGACAAGUCUGGUGAAUGCUGGUCGUUACUGACGUCAGGAGUUAACGGUGACUUAGGAUCCUCAUCUCCACCGGAAUCAACGGUCACUGGAUCAUUAACAGCUUUUAGGUGUGAUGUAUAACGGUCAUAUACUUUUCCAGUAUCGUUGGAUUGGACCUUAACGUUGGGCCCUUUUCUGUCUAUAACAUUGAACUAGGGAAAUUUGUAGACAGUUUGUUUGCUGGGCAAAGGUUCUUCAUAAGCACGGUAUCACCGACAGAUAGAUCACUUGGCUUCGCUCUUCGCUUUCUAUCCUCCUGCUGCUUUCCGAGCAUUUUGUUUACCUGAUCGCGGUCUCUGAAAUCUGAACUGGGUGGUAUUGUUUCAAGAUCGUCCAGACAGGGUAAUUUGGAUCGCAAUUUCCUAUUUUGUAGGAGUUCGCUUGGUGCUUUUCCCGUGGUUGAGUGCGGAGUAUUGUUGUAUAGUUCCAAAUAGUCGUUAAGCUCAGCUUUCCAAUCAUUGUAUAGAGCAUUGGCAAUCUUCAUACGCUUCAAGAGUGAGCGGUUCUGACGCUCGACUUCCCCGUUAGCCUGUGGCCAAUAGGGUAUAGUGUGGUUUAAAUGGAUACCGUUCUUUCUGACAAAUUCCUCAAGCUCACAAGAGACGAAUUGCUUUGCAUUAUCCAAUGUUAUUGUUCUUGGCGGUCCCCAAAUACGAAAAAUCCACUUCAACCGUUUGGUCGUCUCUUGAGCCGUUAUUCUAGUCAAAAUUUCCAACUCCAUGUAUCGGCUGUAAUAGUCUAUCACGACCAAUACGUAUUCUGCCGAUGGCAAAGGCCCGAGGAAGUCGAUAGCAAUAUCAACCCACGGUCGAUCUGGCAAAGGCCGUCGCAUCAUCGGUUCCGGUGGGUCUGGAACUUGUACUAGGCGGCAUCCCUCGCAGGCUUCGCAGGUGUCAAUCGCUGCUUGGUCUAUACCAGGCCACCAACAUCUCUCCCGUAGUUGUCGUUUCAUCAAUGACUGCCCUGGAUGUCCUUUAUGAGCUAAUUCCAGCAUCCUUUUUCGAAGGCUUCGCGGUAUGAUCAAUUUGGAACCACGCAAAAUCAGUGAAUUCACGUGAGUAUACUCAUGACGAAAUGGGGCAAACGGUUUGACUUCAUCGCUGUUCCAAGAGUCGUUCGUGAUGCACAGUUUCAAUUUCUGCAUCUCGGGAUCUUCUGUAGUAGCACGAAUUACUUCUUGAAUGUCGACAGCAGCCGUCUCCUGAAUAGUUCUGAUGACAAUUUCUGUUCCUGGAUCAAAAUCAUCUCGAGAAGCAUCUUUAGAUAAGAUUGACAAAGAUUCGACUGAAAUACGCCUUAUAAACACUUCACUUUCAUCUGUCCACUGAUUAUCGUCAAUAUUUGCUCCUAAUCUGGAGAGACUGUCCGCCAGGUUGGCCGAGCCUUUUCGAUAGAUCACCUUGAACUUAAAAGCCUGUACUCGAAGCAUCCAUCGCUCGAUUCGUGCCGUUGGUCGUGAUGAAGCGGUGAAAAGAGUUUCGAGUGGUUUAUGGUCGGUCUCCACCUCGAAUUGUAUUCCCAGCAGAUAAGUCUUGAAACGUUCUAUUCCCCAUACGAUACCAAGCGCUUCUUUUUCAAUCGGAGGGUACUUUUUUUCUGUUUCAGAGAGACUUUUCGAAGCAUAACUAAUAACUCUUGCCUGAUUUCCCUUGAACUGAAGCAAUAUUGCUCCUAAUCCAACUCCAGACGCAUCCGUCACCAGUAAAGUUCGGUCUUUGGGAUCGUAGUACCCUAAAUUAUUGAGAGAUCCUAUCAUUUUCUUGAUCAGAUCAAAUGCACUUUGGUGCUCCGGUUUCCAGUCGAACAUCGACUCCUGUUUCAAUAACUCUCUCAGCGGAUAGUUGACUGUAGCUAAGUUUGGUAUGAAGCGCGACACGUAGGUCACCAGGCCGAGAAAGCUUCGUAGUUCCUCCUUGGUUUGUGGCGAUCUAAAAUUUAAAAUUGAUCUCACUUUUUCUUCCCCUGGUUCAACUCCCUUCUCCGACAGAGUAUGACCUAAAAACGAUGUCUGAGUUUGCUUAAAUUUACAUUUGUGGUCAUUCAAAAGCACAUCGUAACGUUUUAGGGUGUUCAGUGUUUGCUUAACUGCAUUAUCAUGUUCCUCCUCGGUGGAUCCAAAAAUCAUGAUAUCAUCGAUAAACACCACCGUAUUUGGACAAUCAGCAAGAAUGCUCUCCAUCAAAUUUUGGAACAGCUCCGGUGCACAAUUAACACCGAAAAGCAGUCUUUUAUAUCGGAACAAUCCCCAGUUGGUUAUGAAAGUGGUUACAUCUCGGCAAUCGUCUGUUAGCUCGACUUGGUGGAAAGCUUGUUUUAUGUCUAAUGUAGUGAAGAACUUCGCGUUUCUAAAUUUUGGGAGCAAAUCAUCGAAAAUGGGAAGAGGAUGAUUAAGCCGUUGAAUUGCCUGAUUGGCUCUCCUCAUGUCUACACACAAGCGAAUCUCACCGUUGUCCUUUAAUAUUGGGACUAGAGGGGAGACCCACGAUGUAGGGCGCGUAACCUUUUCGAUUAUGUCCAACCGCAAUAACUCUUUUAUCUUAGACUCAACUUGCUGCAACAACGGAAUCGGACAACGACGAAGUGGUUGUAUCACUGGAGGAAUCAUUCUAUCUAUAGGAAGGGUUAUUUUGAUUCCCUUCAUUUUUGGGAAUUGCUCCUUAAUCGUCUCUACUCUUUCGACCGGGAUAUGAUGUGAACUGGGUAGUCCCACUUUCAGAACUCCAAUUUGUUGUACUGUAAUUUUCCCCAGCAGUCGUUGCUGCCCUUUUUCGAUAACAUAGAAGGACGCAGUGGUUUUUAUCUGCUGACCCCCAUCAUUUAUCUUCAAGUCUGCAUCGAAUACCGUUACGAGUUUUAAUGGAACACGACCGUAUGCCAGAAAUCGUUUUUCGUGCUCGAGCCUUUCAUUGCUGAUCCUUACAUCACGGAGUUUCAUAAGCUGCCAGGUAGUGUCAUCGAUAAGAUUAUGUCUCGACCCAGAAUCUAUAAGCAUUGUAAUAUCAAUCCCUCCAAUAUUGCACGUUAUCAACUCAUCGGCAUCGCCCACAUUAUAUACUGCAUGAUCCUCUUGUUUUGUUUCCUCUUUUCGCUCGUCAACGUUGAAGACUGUUCUAGAAAAUUUUGUCGGACGGGAAGGCCCUCGAUUUUCUAUGGCUACUGACUUACGUUUACGAUCAAAUAAACCAGCGUUGUUUAUAAAACCUUUGGAUUUGCAUACGGAUUGGAAAUGUCCAGGCUUUUUGCAUCGAAGACAAAUUUUAUGCAAUGUAGGGCACUGUUCUGCUUCUCGAUGACGACUGUACCCACAACGUAAACACCGAGAGUUUCCACCCUGCGACCGUCCAAAAGAGUUGGAUGAAUCAUGGUAAAGUCGGUUAACAGCUUCAUAGGGACGGUUUGCAGCGUUUGUUGUUUGUUUAGUACUCAUCUUCGCUGCUUGAUACCUUACUGAUUGAUAUGCGUUUAUGAUCUUUACAGCUUCAUCAAGGGAUAACUGUUCUUUUUCUAGAAGUUUCUUUCGCAGUUCGUCGGAUGCAUACUGAAUUAAUUUGUCUACGGUCGCGAUAUGUCUGCUUUCAAUUUCUGAUUUUCCGAAGAAACAUUUUUCAGCCUUUUGUUGCACCCUUAAAGCGAAUUUUUCAAUUGCUUCAGUAUCAUCUGGAGCCAUCGAUCAAAACAAAAACCUUUCGAAACUAUCAUGGUGUUUCGGAGAAAAAUAGUGUGUUAAUUUUUCCUUGGCUGAAACAUAUGGGUCGCAUAAAGGGUCUUCAUCAUCGGUACACCCCGGAAUUCCAUAGAAUGCACCUUGCAAUUCCAAACCACCUAUGGCAAGCAACUGCAUCUUACGGCACAGCCCAUCUGUGAUGUUCGCAGCUGCCAUAAUUGUUUCGAACCACCGUAUCCAUGACCCCCACGCAUUUCGGAUCUCUGAUUGUGGUAAAUGUUUAUAUUUGAAAUGUGGUAAAUUAUAUGAGCCCGGACUGAACAUCGAAACGUUAUUUGCGAUAGUCGAUCCGUUUGCAACACUUGCAUUUGAUUCAUUUUCAAUCAUAAUGGAUCUGUGAAUAACAUUUUAAAAAUUUUAUACCGGUAAGGAUUUAUUUUUUUUUCAACUUAUUAUUUUUUUUCAAUUGAUUACAUACAUUUAUGCACACUUUCACAUCAAGGUCUAAAUGGUUAUUUACGUCAGUGUAACAUCAUAUGCAUUUAUCAUCCCAUGUUUUAUUAUUAAUCAUAUCCAACAAUAUACAAGUACACAAAAGCUCAUUUGAGAGCAACCAUUUCUUUUUUCUUAUGUUUCAACAUAUUUUUAAUAUCCCCCAACAAUCCUUUAUUGAAUCCCACACUAGAUACUCAAGAUGAGAACAGUUGUCUCUUAUAUCCGCAGCAUCCAAGAGCGGUUUUUUUUCGUAGAUCUUAACUGUUUAGAUCGCAACAUCCAAGAAUAAAUUGGAACGAAUGUAUUUCUCAAUGCUUGCAUAGCUCAUUUUUGGUAUACCCGCAACAUCCGAGAGCGGUUUCUAUUUUAUGCCACACUAUGGAUUUUUUUUCUUCGCAUCUCAUCGUAAUAUUCAAUAUAUAGAUAUUGCAAAGUUAACUCUCUUUCUUCAAAAUCGCAACAUUUAAGAGCGAACGUCCAAUAGUAUUUUUCUACGCACCCAUUGCAUUUAUGUAUAUAAAGCGGCUACAUACAGUCGAAGACUAUAAUUGUUUCGCUUCGGCGUACGUUAGAGAAAAAGAGAAACAUACUACAUCCAAACUUAAGUCAGGUUGGCUGUGUUACGCCGUUGUAGAGGGAAUGACAAAAUCGAAGAUGUUCUACGACUCGUAAAAAAAAAAUACACUCGUGCACUAUCCGAGUUCGUAUAACGGAAUACAUCGCCCUUGCUAAUUUUACCUAGCGUCACACAUACAUUCCAACAGUUCAGUUAUUUUGCGUACGUACCACUCAUCUCAUCUAGGUAACAAACUCACGAAAUAUUGAGAAUGCGAAAACAACCGAAAUCAGAAGGGCUGCCAGUAAGUCGGAAGUUUUUUUUUUCGUUAACAUUAACGAGCACACCACCAUGUUCCGGUUUCGUUAACAUUAACAUACCUUGUCAUUUCAUGCUUUAUGUGAUCCAUGCCACGCAAACUGCUAAACAUUUUCUCAGCUCACCUUCACUGGUGUAACACAUAGAUCAAAGCGCUUUACUUCUAUUUUUUUUAGAAAUUUAUUAACACGCCGACGCUCUGUUUCAUUUUUUUUUUAGAUAAAACACCCCGUUGCUAUCAGAACUCUAAAAUCCGAACCAACGCUUACGUUUUACUGCAUCCGAUUUGAUAAUUGCCAACCGAGAAUCUCACGCUCACUACCCAACAUCUUUCUUCCUCAUUUUCAUCUCUCUACUCUUUUAAAUUUCUCUCACUUCGAUGGAUUUUGGGGAUCACCCACACUAUUCAUCUAAGGCACCACAACUUGCCUAACGGUUUUUGUUCUUUACUCACAGAUACAGUAUGUGCUGUAUCUCUUUUCCUUACCUUCUUUUUUUUCAACAUGGCGGUUAAGCGAAAUCCAUUAUUUCUGUUCUGUCCGCAUGCCGUGAAAUCAAUUUUCACUUAGUUGUAAAUCCCGGCACAAAAUAUUUAUCUUUAUAGCGCUGGUUGAAGUAUUGGCAACCACUCUGAAACAAAUUUUGUUUUCCUACAACACUAAACGUACUCAAAAUGGCGCCAAUGAAGCGUCUUUUCGAUAACCAUUCCAUUUCGUUUAUCCGUUUUUUAUAAACCUUGAUGUGAUUCGUGGUUUGACAAAUAUUACACUAUUUUUUCUUCUUUUUUUUACCUUUUUGUUCUUGUAUCUCGCCAAAAAAAUUAAAAGUUGCUUUUUUUCCAUCACUUUUAGUUUCACUACACCAUCGUUGAUUCGCUCAUCCUCGUCGCCAUCUUGUGGUACCCAGGCUGAGACUCUAGACGCGGACUGUACUUUAGUCAACUGACCUCGACGACGUACGUAAGUGGACUGACUCCUCUCUUCUCACCAAGAGCACAGUGAACCACACUGUAUACAUACACAUAUAAGGUAAAGAUCUCGCGUUUAUUUGUAUAAGCUAUACUACCACACCUCGCAUCAGUGGUAGGAACAUCCGGCCCUAUUCUGCGCGGCAGGUGAGGUGACUUGCGGUGAGGGCGGCAGCCCGGGGACAACUUGACAGUUCCCAUAUAUUGAACUCGUAAGCAAAUUUUGUGGUGAUUUGGUGAUGUCAUGGCGGCUCGAAUGGAGCAAAAUUUGAAAAAGACGCAACCCAUAUGACGAAUUUCGCGUCAACUUGAACAAAUGUUGGCAGCACCCUCUCAGAUUCUAAUGAAACAUUCUGUACAUGAAAACUUUGCCACAAAAAGCCACAUUGCAUAUUUUGCUUUUCCAAAAAUGAUCUAGACUGUCUUUUGAAAAGGGCCAAGCUUUUUUACCAUUUUUUUUUCAAAUGGUUAUAGUCUAAAAAUAGCAAAUCCUACAAAAAAAUGUUGUGAGAGUGGUUUUCACAAAACUAGACAAGUUUUCAAAUAAAAAUAUUGAAAAAAUUCUUCAUUGACUCCUACACUGAAAAAAAUCGAUUUUAAAAAUUUAAAGUCGAUUUACAAAAGCUACUUCCACUUAUAUUGGAAUUCCCGAAAAUCUUCCGGAUCGAAUCAACAUUUCCCUUCGAAGUCGAACAAAACUCUGGCAGGAGUCGAACAAAAUUGUACAUUCCUGGCAGCAUUCUUGCUAAAACUGAGCACUACCGGUUUGCUGCCAGAAUUCUGAUAAAAGCACACACAUUCUAUUUAAAACUAAUAGGUACAAAAUCCUACAUAUAUUGUUUAUUCUCCCGAUCAAAAUACUAGAAUUCUUGACGUUCGUAAUGAACUUGAAAGGUGUCGUAGGUUCGCGAAUUGUUAAGCUUGGUGAUGUGCUUUCAUUGGCCAAAAAGUUUUUAAUUUAUAUUUCUCGAGAAAAAAAGCACCAAUGAUUUACGAACUACAAAAUUCAGACAACGAGAAAACGAAAACAUUGUUUGGAAAAAGGUGAGCUGGUUGCAAAAAAACAACGACCUCCAGCCAAAUUUAUAAUAAGAUUUAUGUAACAUUGCUGACGGUUUCCAGUUUGGGAUAAAUUUAUUCUCUAAUAAUAGUUUUCUUUAUCCACAUUUUGGAAUACGCUUUUUCUAAAUGUUGUUCUAGCCGCAUUGACGGCGGUCAUAACACACGUAACGAAACACGCGUUUCUCUUGAAACUUUUUCGUUUCGUUAUUCGUGGUACUCGUACAGAGAAGGCAUACUAGCGCCACCAUCAAAAAGGUGGUACAUAUAUGAAACAAGCACUAUCUGUCAAGUUGUCCCUGGGUUGGUUGGCGGCGAGUCAGUCGAGUCACUCGAUUCUGACAAGCGAAUGCAGUGAGAUAAGUCACUUCGGAUGAACUCUCAACUUAUUCUUGCAGUCGCAACUGAGUGACUCUAGUCGAUGCGCAGUGACUUUUCGAGUCGCUACCGUCGACCCAAGUGACACGAAAGGAGACGAAAAGGUGAGUUAAUUGAUUAUUUUUACUUUGUUACAUUUUCAAACUAACAGCAAUUAUUCGAUAAAAAGUUGUUUGCUAGUCGUUCGUUGUAAACUAAAGAGGAAAAUUAUAAAAAUGUUUUUCAUUGCUUUCUAGGUUGAACGUUACAAACCUGAAGCUUUCGGAAUGCUUGGUGGCUCGAGUUAGCACAAUUGGAACACAAUUUUUCGUACAAAAUAGUGCUUUGUAGAUGCUCUUGUUCCUGAUUAUGCGUAUAUAAAAGAAUGUUUCGUGUCAUUUCGGAUUGCUCGACCAGCUCUGCAUCUUGCAGCCCCAAUCUCGUAGUUACAAUUUGACUGCUGUAUUGACAAAGGUGCAAGGACUGGAUGAAACCAUUCCGAACUCGGUUUUAAUUUUUCACCAAUUAACGAUCCAUCCAUAUUGCAUUACCGAAAGUAUCGUUGUUUGACACAACCUGAUCAGGUCUCCUGGGUACCUAAUGUGGCAUCCCAGGUACCUAUCCGAGUCGAGCCAGAUGCCGAAAUAUUUUUCUGUAUAGACCUGAGCGGUAGAGUGUCCCAUUGAUAGAGGCUGCAGUUGUGCUAGUUCACGCUCCCUACAAAAUACAGUAAGUCUAGAAUUGUUGUACCACAAUCCAGCAUUUUUUUAUGGUGAAACAGAUCUAUUGUCCAACGAAGUCACAAAUCUUAGUUUGAAACUUGAUCGUACAACGUUUGCGCACGUUUCGUUGAUUUUGCUCAGUGCUUUCCAUACCGACUGGACGGAGGCUGGUGCAAGCAGUGGUGAUGCCCAUCUCCGCGUAUGUCGAUGUAAUAUACUACUCCGGACUCCCUACAGCCCUUAAAAAUCAACUGCAUCGCUGCUUCGAAUCAUCUGUCCGCUUUACCAACAACCUCCGCCGUCGACAAACAACUGCGACCGUUCGGAACUAUAACAGAAACUACACCGACGUAUGCAAGCUGCCUUAGCGCGCAGAAGUUGUCAAGACAUUAAUCAAUAUCAUUAACAUAAAAAUUGUAUAGAGGGGGACUUAGACAUGAGCCCCGCGGAAGAUCCAUGUAGCUAAAUCGUUAUGUCGAUAAAUCACCAGAUGUCGAUAAAUCACCAGACGACAUUCGUAACCCAACUUUGUACCGGGAAACAAGUGCUUUUUGUUCUCUCCGGUGUGGUUUAGUUUUUUCGGUGGUACGAAGGUGCUUGCUGUGGCAGAGGCUGCAGUAAAGCAUUAGUAAUAAACAGUCCCGCGAGUGAUAGUUAUUACCUGCGAUAUCGGUGCAGUGAAGUUACUAAACAGUUUUCUUGCCUGAAAGACGGCUUUGUUUAGACGAGCUAUAUCAGCUCUAUUGUGUGAAGGUCACGCGGGUGACGGAUAAAACAAACGAAGGAUCAAUUCACCUACCAGCUCGUCAGGAACCAACUGGUGAAGUGUUUUGUUUUUUACUUUUCUUAUCUAUUUUUUUUUCUUUUUAUUGCUUUUGAUUUUUUAUUUUGAUUUAAGUUAAACAGUGCGGUCGAGCGUGUUGCUCCCGCAACAAAAUGGAACAAACAGAAGGAUCACCCUCCGAAGACGAAUAUUAUGGGGAAGAAGAACAUAUAUCUGAUACUGAGACAGAUAAUGUUAUGAUCGAUCCACUUCCCCCCAAUGUCUCACAGCCCCCCCGAGUCAAGGUUUACCAGGAUGGAUCCGCUGGUCCUUGGGUGGUAUACUUUCGGCCCAAAAAUAAACCGUUAAACAGCAUAACUGUUGCACGGGAGCUGACAAAACGUUACUCGGCCGUAACCGAGAUUAAAAAGGUUCAGUCAGAUAAACUGCGCGUAGUCGUUACUGACUUGAAACAGGCCAAUGAUAUCGUUAGCAAUAGCCUCUUUACGCUGGAGUAUCGCGUCUACAUCCCUUCUCGUGAUGUGGAGAUCGACGGUGUGGUAAGUGAUGCGUGUCUAACUGUCGAUGAUCUGAUGAAUGAUGGGGCUGGCCGCUUUAAGGACCCUAACCUUCAAUCAGUUAAGAUUUUGGAGUGCAAGCAAUUGCACUCAAAGUCCAUCGAAGAUGGUAAUUACUAUCCAUCAGACUCGUUUCGCGUAACCUUCGCCGGAUCUGCACUUCCGAGCUACGUUGAAGUGGGAGGAGCUCGUCUACCUGUACGCCUGUUUGUACCGCGGGUCAUGAAUUGUUCCAAUUGCAAGCAGCUAGGUCACACGGCCACCUACUGUAGCAACAAGCAACGGUGCGGUAAAUGUGGGGAACGCCAUGCGGAUGAUACUUGCAGUAGGCCCGCUGAGAAGUGUGUUUACUGUGGGGAGAAUCCGCAUGCACUUUUGACAUGCCCAACGUACAAACUUCGCGCGGAUAAACUGAAGCGAUCCGCCAAAGAUCGCUCCAGACGCUCUUACGCAGAAAUGCUUAAAAGAGCUGUUCCACUUAUCUCCGAAAACCCAUUCGCUCUCUUGCCAACUGACGAUAACGCCUCUAACGACCCUUGCGAGGGGCAUUCUUUGGCUCCGCUUGGAAACUCUAGGAAAAGACCUAAUCAAAACUCACCUGAACUUCCUCGUAAGGGUCCUAGGUUGUCCCAAACAAGGGUACAAAAUAAAAAUAAUUCAUCAACUGGAAGUGCUGGUACAAAUCCGAAGAUAAUACCUCCUGGUUUUGGGAAAUUGAGAUACAACCAGGAGUUCCCAGCACUCCCCGGGGCACCAAAAAUCCCAAGUGCUCCAAUUUUACAGUCAGAAACUCACCCUAAAACGGAAUUCCUUAAAUUUUCUGACAUUGUGGACUGGAUAUUCACAGCUUUCAACAUUACCGAUCCUAUGAAAAGCUUGCUGGUUGCUAUUCUACCAACAGUAAGAACAUUUUUAAAACAGUUGACUGAACAAUGGCCCCUCCUUACAGCGAUCGUAUCCUUCGAUGGCUAACUUAUUAGACGGAAUCAGGGAUCUGAUCACUGUUUUACAGUGGAACUGCAGAAGUAUUAUCCCCAAAAUCGAUUCAUUAAAACACUUGCUAAAUUACAAUCAUUGUGAUGCAUUUUCCCUAUGUGA